ACGAAAACCAAAAACAAGUAGGUUUUCUAUCAGGCAAAUCUUCUUCUCCAUGUUUAAUCUUUUCUUCUUCUUCUUCUUCCUGUUUAAUCUUCUCGAUGAAUUUGUUGGUUGAUUUAAUCUUUUCUUCUUCUUCCUGUUUAAAUCUUCUAGCCGAAAAACCUGAAGAACAAACCUAGAAAGAUAUAGUAGUUUCUCGAUCUGUUUGCUGAGAAGAAAGAAGAGGAAACGAAGAAAGGCCAGUUUUCUCUCUUCUCCUUUUCCUCUCUGGUUUUAGCAGAUUCAUAUUCAGGCGAUAAUAAAAAUGCCGAGAAGAAAAAGAAAUCAAACUGAAGAGGAUCCUACAAUAACAGUUCAGGAUUUGGUGAAAGAAAUAAAACCAAUAGGACUGUCUAAGAGAGCUGAAAGGUAUCUUAGGGAAGCGCCUUACGAUGUUAUUGUCAUGAUGUAUUACGAUGAAUAUGAUGUUGCUAAUCCAAAGAACAUGAAACAAAUAACUACUAACAAACAUGGGGUUGUGAAGCUUUUAAACUACUUUGAUAGAGAUUGCGAAGUACCGUGUUCAUUUAAAUUUGGAGAAAACUUUAUAGAGUCUACACUGGCAAAGUUUGAUGCUAUAACUGGAAUGAAAAUGACUGGAAGCAGAAAAGGUCAGAAGUUGAUAAAAUGGUUUGAUUUAAAUGAAAUGGAUGACAACGUAUUAUACAACAAGUACUUUUCUGAUAUCAAACAAACAUCACAUUCAACGGCAGUGAGCAAGAAGAAGAUUAUGGAGAUAAUAAUACAAGUUAUGAAUAAGAAAAAGAGAAGAACACCACUUGAUGAUGAUCAUGUAAUUUGUUUGAUAGGGUUUUAUUUGUGCUGUGUGCUCUUUUUAGCGACAAAAAUGCUAGCGCAGUGAAUGUUGAAUAUCUUGCAAUUGUCGAAACUUAUGAAACUGUUCUCAAGGUUUCCUGACCAAAUGUGGUCCACGAGCAUUUGUUUGAUAAAAUACUAAAAAAUGCAGACUGUCCUUCAAAAGUAAAGGCUUGUGUGCCAUACCUACUGGUAAAGAUAAUAUUUUUACUUGAUUGUACUUCAAGUAAUUUCACUGCUGAGUUGUAAGUAUUUUUUGUUGACGAUUU